GUAAGCAUUUGCAUCACUGCCAACCUUACUGGAUGACGACAGGGCGGAAAGGCUUGUCCAUGUCAGUGGAUUUUCAGCGACAAAGAUGAUGUUUCCGAGGUUCAUUCGUCGGUCCAAGAACUUGUGCUGAGAAGACACCGAUGUCUGAUAUGUCAACCGUUCCCUCAGACGCAGGCUGUUCUUGGAUCCAGUAGAAGCCACAGUCAUGUACUCCGAGUGGAGGUCUCUGCACCUGGUGGUCCAGAACGACCAGGGCAAUGUGAGCGUCCUGCACUCCUACCCGGCUCCGGUGGGACGGGAUGUGGCCAACGCCGUGGUCCGGCCCCUGGGAGCCAGCCUGGGGGGCCCCACGUCAGAGAGCUUUCUGAAGACAGAUAAAGAGGUGAAAUGGACUAUGGAGGUGCUGUGCUACGGCCUGACCCUGCCUCUGGACGGCGACACGGUGAAGCUCUGCGUGGACGUCUACACAGACUGGCUCAUGGCCCUGGUGUCCCCGCGAGACUCCAUACCUCAGCCCAUCAUCAAAGAGCCCAACCUCUACGUCCAGACCAUUCUCAAGCACCUGCACAACCUCUUCUUGCCAAGGCCGGAACACUACAGCCCGAUGCACUUCCGCCUGUGCCAGCAGGUGCUGUGUGCAGUACAGAAGCUGGCUCGCGACUCCUCCUCCAUGGUGCGCGAGACCUGGGAAGUGUUGCUCCUCUUCCUGCUACGCAUCAACGACAGCCUGCUUGCACCGCCCACCGUAGGAGGCGGCAUUGCAGAGAAGCUGGCUGAGAAGCUGAUCAGCGUGCUGUUUGAGGUGUGGUUCCUGGCCUGCACGCGCUGCUUCCCCACGCCGCCCUACUGGAAGACGGCCAGGGAGAUGCUGGCCAACUGGAGGCACCAUCCGCCCGUGGUGGAGCAGUGGAGCAAAGUCAUCGCCGCCCUCACCUCCAGAUUAUUGCGGUUCACGUACGGCCCCUCGUUCCCGCCGUUCAAGGUCCCAGAGGAGGACGCCAACCUCAUCCCCUCUGAGAUGGACAACGACUGUGUGGCCCAGACAUGGUUUCGUUUUCUGCACAUGCUCAGCAACCCGGUGGACCUGAGCAACCCGGUGAUCGUGAGCUCCACGCCAAAGUUCCAGGAGCAGCUCCUUGGGGUGAGCGGGGUGCCCCAGGAGGUGGUGCAGCACCCCUGUCUCAAGCAGCUGCCCCAGAUCUUCUUCCGCGCCAUGAGGGGCAUCAGCUGCCUGGUGGACGCCUUCCUAGGUAUAUCCCGCCCCCGUUCAGACAGUGCCCCUCCCACUCCUGUGAACAGGCUAAGCAUGCCUCCGGCCCCAACAACCACGAACACAACACCACCACACAGCCGCCGGCACCGCCCAACGGCCGUUACCAAGACAACCAGCAAGGCCUCAACGACGGGACAGUCCAAGGUGUCGCAUCAGACCUCCUCCUCGUCAUCUCCUCUGUCUAGCCCCAACCAAACAAGCUCUGAACCGCGACCCCUGCCCGCACCUACACGGCCUAAGGUCAACAGUGUCCUCAACCUGUUUGGCCAGUGGCUGUUUGACGCUGCGCUGGUCCACUGCAAACUCCACUCAAGCCUGAGUAGGGACAGCAGCAUGACUGCCUUAGCCACUCAGGCAGGGGUUGAGCUGAGGAGGAAGGGCUCUCAGAUGUCCACGGACACCAUGGUCUCCAACCCCAUGUUUGAUGCCAACGAGUUCCCCGACAACUACGAGUCCGGCAGGGCCGAGGCGUGCGGCACCCUCUGCCGCAUCUUCUGCAGCAAGAAAACCGGAGAGGAGAUUCUGCCCGUCUACUUGUCCAGGUUCUACAUGGGUCUGAUCCAGGGCCUCCAGAUAUCGGACUACAUCUGCCGGCCGGUCCUGGCUAGCAUCAUCCUCAACUCGUCUGCUCUGUUCUGCUCGGACCUGAAAGGCAUCAACGUGGUGGUGCCAUACUUCAUCUCGGCUCUGGAGAACAUCCUGCCUGACCGGGAGUUGUCGAAGUUUAAAUCGUAUGUGAACCCCACGGAGCUGCGACGAGCCUCCAUCCACAUCCUGCUGUCCAUGCUGCCCCUGCCACACCACUUCGGCAACGUCAAAUCAGAGGUCCUGCUGGAAGGGAAAUUCAGUAAUGAUGACUCGCUCCACGACAAGGCAGUCACCUUCCUGUCCCUCAAACUGCGAUUGGUCAAUAUUUUGAUUGGCGCGCUGCAGACAGAGACCGACCCAACCAACACACAAAUGAUUCUUGGGGCCAUGCUGAAUAUUGUGCAAGAUUCAGCUCUGCUAGAGUCAAUCGGUGCCCAAGCUGAAGUGGUCAGUUUGGAUGGCAGUCACUCCCUGGCUAAGAGCCACAGCAGAAACAACAGCGGCAUCAGCACUGCCAGCGCAGGCAGCUCAGAGGCCACCACGCCCGACAGCGAAAGACCCGCACAGGCUCUGCUCCGAGACUACGCUCUCCACACAGAUACAGCCAGCGGCCUCCUCAUCCGCAGCAUCCACCUGGUCACCCAGCGGCUCAACUCCCAGUGGCGGCCCGACAUGAGCAUCUCGCUGGCGGCCCUCGAGCUCCUCGCUGGCCUGGCCAAGGUGCGGGCGAGUGUGGAGUCGUCGGACAGGAAACGCGCGGUGAGCUCGGUCUGCAGCUACAUCGUGUACCAGUGCAGUCGCCCGGCGCCACUGCACUCCCGAGACCUCCACUCCAUGAUUGUGGCCGCCUUCCAGUGCCUGUGCGUCUGGCUCACCGAGCACCCGGACAUGCUCAACGAGAAGGACUGCCUGAUUGAGGUGCUUGAGAUCGUAGAGCUGGGCAUUUCUGGGAGCAAGUCCAAGACGGGCGAACAGGAAGUGAGGUACAAGGCUGACAAGGAGCACAACCCCGCCUCCAUGAGAGUGAAGGAUGCAGCUGAGGCCACCCUGUCAUGCAUCAUGCAGGUGCUGGGGGCCUUCCCCUCCCCCAGUGGGCCAGCGUCCCCCUGCAGUCUGCUGAACGAGGAGACGCUGAUCAAGUACUCGCGCCUUACCUCCACCAGCCACAGCAACUUCCGCUACUUUGUCCUGGACAACUCCGUCAUCUUGGCCAUGCUGGAGCAGCCGCUGGGCAACGAGCAGACAGACCCGUGUCCUUCCAUCACCAUGCUGAUCCGUGGUAUGUCCGGUCGCCACGCCUGGACCAUGCAGCUCUUCCAUCAACCGCGAGGAGCCAGGGCCAGUCAAAAGGCGUUCGUCCCCGAGGCUCGGCCCACACCAAAGAACGACGUGGGCAUCCGCUUCAACGUCAAGCACAGGCCCUUCCCCGAGGAGGUGGACAAGAUCCCCUUCGUCAAGGCUGACCUCAGCAUCCCAGACCUGCACGACAUCGUGGACAAGGAGCUGGAGCUGCAGCAUGAGCGUCUGCGUGGGGUGAUGGGGAAGCAGAUGGAGUACGAGUCGGCGCUGGAGCAGUACAGCGAGCAGCUCUGGAGGAAGCGCAGCUUCCCCGACCCCGACUGCAAGCCACCGCCCCCCUCCCAGGAGUUCCAGACCGCCCGCCUCUUCCUCUCCCACUUCGGCUUCCUCUCUCUGGAGGCACUCAAGGAGCCGGGAAACAGCCGGCUGCCUCCGCACCUCAUCGCCCUGGACUCCUCCCUGCCCGGCUUCUUUGAUGACGUCGGUUACCUUGACCUGUUGCCGGGCCGACCAUGUGACACUGUGUUCAUCUUCUACAUGAAGGCGGGCCAGAAGAGCAGUCAGGAGAUUCUGAGGAACGUGGAGUCAUCGGCUAACGUGCAGAGGCACUUCCUGGAGCUACUGAUGUCCCUGGGCUGGCCGGUGGAAGUGGGCCAGCACCCCGGCUGGACAGGCAGCGUCUACACCAGCUGGACCAUCAACACCACCGCAAACGGCACUGACCACAGCUUUACCGAUGAGUCCGACUCGCUGGGAGAGGGCUGGGGCAUCCACAGAGGGGCGCCCUUCAACUUGACGAGGCCAUUGGAGUCAUCGGAGAACAGCUUCCCCACAGUGGACUCCGACUCCCAGUUGGAGCUCCUGCCCACCCUGCUGAAGCAGCCAAACCAACUCACGCUGGAGCUCUUCCCCAACCACUCCGACAACAUGGGACCCACACAGAGGAGUCCUACAGUGAAGAGUAAAAAGACUCUCUCAGGCAGAUCCAUUCCUACUCUGGGGCCCGAAACUAAAGUGCUUGUGGUUUGGGUGGAGCGCUUCGACGACAUAGAGAACUUCCCUCUGGGCGACCUACUGGCGGAGACUAGCACAGGGGUGGAGACGGCCGUCAACAGCAGCACUUCCUGCAGGACCACGUUCUCAGAGAAAGAUGUGCCUGUGAUCUUCAUCCACCCACUGAAGACGGGACUGUUCCGCAUCAAACUACAUGGGGCCAUGGGCAAGUUCAGCAUGGUUAUUCCUCUGGUGGACGGCAUGGUGGUCAGCCGACGCUCAUUAGGGUUCCUGGUGCGUCAGACGGUGAUAAACGCCUGCAGGCGUAAGCGUCUGGAGAGCGACUCAUACAGUCCACCCCACGUGCGCCGCAAGCAGAAGAUUGCCGACAUCCCUAUGCAAGUGAGAGCGGGGACGUGCUGAAGUUGUUGCUAUGCUGCGCUAUGCGCUGCACUUCAAGGCUACAGCUGCCGAGCAGCACAUACCUGAUGCUCAAGUGAUGGAGAGAGAGCAGGCCACGUCUCCAUGGUUACCGAUGCCUAACCUGUUUUCAUCGGUGGGAAAAUAUAUUGGCAUUGUGGGUUGUGAACAGCGAUGCUGGUGUUUCGACUCAGUGCUGAUGUAGGCUACAUUAGUGGCUUACCAUGAGAACGUGUGGAGGGGGUUCCUUUUUCCCCCUCGUCAUCUUUGAGAAAACAGUAGCCUUGUCUCGCCACUCCGGGCUUCAGGGACAGAAAACAGAACAGGCUCAUUGUUCAGUGGGUUGUUGCCAUGGAAACGCAUCCCUGAGAGAUGAAAACCAAUCCGCCAUCCGAGCUUAUGUUUUUCUGGUUCUCUGUGAAU